AUGAGAAGAUAUGAGGAAAAUCGAAAUAAUAAUAGAAAUAAUAAUAAUAGAGGAUAAAAAUUAUAUGAACCUAAAUAAUAAUAUGGAUAAGUACAAGAAUAAUAAAGAAAUUUAAGAUCAAGAGAGCUUAGAAGAAAACAAUUAGCAGUAUAAGAGAGAGAAUUUACAAGAUAAAAUUUAAAAUACAAUUAAGUUCAAUUUACUACUUGGUUCAAUUAAAUUUCAGGAUAAGUACCUACAAUUCAUUAAAUUAUAUAAAAAUUUUAAGCUUAUAAUAAUCUAGAAGAAUUAUUUACAAAAAUGAAAAUACAUUCAGACUAACUAAAUUCUUACAUAUAUUUGAUGAAAAUUUUUGGAUAAUAAAAUUAAUAUGAUGUUUAACAAUAUAUAGAUUUGAUACUUUCAAGCUAGAGCUUUAGUACACAACUAAAUGAAAAAUGCACUUUGCUUUUAUUAUACUAGGACUCAAUAGAUUAUAUGAAUUAAGAAUUGGAUACUAUCCACUAAUUAUUUUUUAAUUUGAAACUUAGAGACUACCAAGCUUUAAAGCAAUCUAACAUUGCUAAUUUUUUAUAUGUAUUGAAAAUCAUUGAAUUGUAUAACCCAAAACUUAAAAAUCAAGUAGUUUAGAUCAUAGAUAAUUGCGAUAAACACAUAUCAUCAAUUUAUUCUACAAAUUAGAUUUUAUUAUGGAGAAAAACUCCAAUAUACCCAGUAGAGUUAGAGUUUUUUUAAUAAAAUGAUAAACCUAAUUAAUUAUUUGGAAAAUUAGAGACUCUGCCAAGUGAAAAUAUCAGUUUCGAUCAAUAUAUUGAUUUCCAUUUUAAUCUUUUAAGGUAAGAUUAUAUAGUAGAAUUAAAAGAGGCAAUUAUUAGUUUAAAUGAAUCUGGAUUUGAAAAUAUUAACAGGAAAAUAAAUAAUAAUGUUGGUUUGUAUUAAAAUAUUGAAUUAAUAUCAGCAGGUAUGAAUAAUUAAGAUAUUGUUUGGAAAAUUUAGGUCGAAUAAUUUAAUUUAGAUGGAAGGAAUUAGAAGAAAAUACGAUGGGAAAAAUCAAAAAAGUUGGCCUCUGGAUCAUUGAUUUGUUUGACUAAUAUUGAAUGUUAUCCAUUAAUCUUUGGAGUUAUCACUUAAAGAGAUUAAAUAUAAAAUUAAUAUAAAAACGGGAAAAUAUAAUUGGAAUUUAGAUUUUUAAAUCUAAAUACUUAAUUGAUGCAAUUUUUAAAUUUAUUUUCUUAAAAAACAAUACUAAUUCAAUCUGAAGGAUUAAUUGAUCCUAUACUCUAUUAUUUAGAAUCAUUAAAAAAAAAAUAGAGCCUACCUUUUUCUUAAAUAAUUAUUCAAAAUUAAAAUGUAGUAUCAUAUCCUCUGUAUUUAAAUGAUAAUUGCAUUUUUAAUAUAGAUCUUUCUUAUAAUGAUUAUUAUUAGGGAUAUAAAUUCAAUAUAUAUUAAUAAAUUUGGCCGUAAUUACAAACAACUUUAGAUGUAUCAUAAGUAAAUGCUAUUUAAUUAAUGCUUUAAAGAGAAGUGGCUUUAGUUUAAGGUCCACCAGGAACAGGUAAAACAUAUUGUGGUGCUCUAGCUGUUAGAAUACUAUAUGAAAAUUUACAAAAAAAGGAUUUCCCAAUUUUAAUUGUUUGCUAUACAAAUCAUGCUUUGGAUUAAUUUUUAGAACAUAUUAUAAAAUUUGUACCUAUCGAAUAUGUUGCAAGAUUAGGAGGAGCUUCAAAAAAUCCUAUAUUAGAAUAAUGUUAAAUUAGAUGUAGAUAAAAAGUUAACUUUGAGUUUUAAGAUUUCAAUAAAUUAAAAAAGAAAAUGAGUAAAAUAAUUGAAAGAAUGCUAUACUAUAAGUAUAAAAUUAUGCCAAAAGAUAUAUAAACAUUCUGGCCUAACUUGUAUGAAUAAUUAAUUUUUUAUUUUAUUUAAGAUAAUAACUUAGAUAAAAAUUUUGAUUUUAAUUAGAACACAGCAGAAGAAUUGGUUAAAAAUUGGAUUAAUUGUUAAAAACCUUAAGAUGAUAUUAUUAUUAAUGGUUAUUUAAAUGGAAUGAAUCAUUAUUUUACAAUGAAUCAGAUUCAUGGCAUAAGUUAAUAAUUCUAAAUUUUACAAAAAACUUCUAAUCUAAAAAAAAAAUAUCAUGAUAGUUCCGAUGAAGAAAUAGAUGAAUAUUUAGAUUCAGAUGAAGAAAAUAUUUACAAUAAUUAUUCUUAAAAUAAUCUCAAUUUUAAUUCAUUUGAUGUAGAAAAAGCUAUUAUAGAAUUUAACUAUCUCAAUUAAAAUUAAAAUUAACUGCAUUAUGAUUAUUGUUCAAUUGAAAAAAUAAAAGCUUAUGUUAAUUCAUAAAAGGGUAAUCCUUGGAAAUUAAAUCAAAAAGAUAUAAAAGAGAUUUUAAAAUAUUUAUAAUGUUUAAGAUAUUAAAAUGAUAGUAUUAAAUUUCAAAAUUAAUACAAAUAAUUUUCUGAAUAAUCUAAUAAAUUAAAAGAAUUAUAAGAUGAGAAUGAGAUUUAAAUAUUAAAUAGCAUGAAGAUUGUAGGAGUAACAGUUACAGGUGUAGCUAAAUAAACAAAAAAAUUAUAAUAAUUAAAUACAAAGAUUAUGGUUAUUGAAGAAGCUGCAGAAGUGCUAGAAUCUCAUAUAGCAAGUAUAUUAACAUCAAAUUUGUAACAUCUGAUACUUAUAGGUGAUCAUUAAUAAUUAAAACCUACUUUAAAGAAUUACGCUUUAUAGGAGAAAUUUAAAGCAAAUGUAUCAUUAUUUGAAAGAUUAUUUCUUAAUAAAAUUCCUAGUGUUACUUUAUCAUCAUAAAGACGAAUGAAAACAAAGUUUGCAGAUUUUAUACGUUAAAUUUAUGGAUAAACUUAUGAAGAUCAUCCAGAUAUAUUGAAAUUGAAUGAAAAAGAAAUAAUAGGUUUGGAGAAAGAUCUAGUAUUUUUUAAUCAUAAUUGGCUUGAGGAAGAAAAUGAAAAUUCAAAAGAAAAUAAAUAAGAAGCAUAAAUGAUUUAUAAAAUGGUGUUAUAUCUAUUGGAUUGUGGUCAUUAAUAAAAUUAAAUAACUGUAUUAACCUUAUAUUUGAAGCAAGCAUAAGCUUUAAAAAGACUAUUCGUAAAAUAAAAAUCUAUAAAAGUAUAAACAGUAGAUAAUUAUUAAGGAGAAGAAAAUGAUAUUGUCAUUAUAUCAUUAGUGAGAAAUAACAAGAACAAUAAUUUAGGUUAUAUAAAAAUAGAAAAUAGAAUAAAUGUAGCAUUAUCAAGAGCAAAAAUAGGUUUAUAUGUAUUUGGAAACUUUGAUUUUAUUUUAAAAGCUUCAUCUCCUGGAUGUACAUGGUAAAAAAUGAUACUUUUAGCUUAAAAAAAAAAUUGUUUGAAUGAUUACAUAAAUACGAAAUGUAUACCGCAUGGUAAUUGUUAAAUAAUAAGAAGACCAGAAGAUUGGAAUAAAAUUAAGCCACAUCUUUGUGAUAAAUAAUGUUUAAAAAAUUAUCAAAAUUGUAAUCACCUUUGUGAUAAGAAAUGUCAUCUUAAUGAUAGUCAUCAAGCUAUAAAUUGUCCAUUUUAAUGUGAUAGAAUAAUUAAUUGUGGUCAUAAAUGUAGAUAUUUAUGUAGAGAGAAAUGUGAAUGCAUAGAAAUAGUUGAAUUCACUUUGCCUUGUGGUCAUAAAAUAAAAGAUAAAUGUGGUACUGAUCUUAAAACUUAUAAAUGUUAAGAAAAACUAUAAAUUACAUUUUCUAAAUGUGAUCAUAAAACAAUUUAUACAUGUUCUGAGAGAUUAAAAUAUACAAAAGAAUGUUUGAAAAAUUGUUAAAGAAAACUUUUAUGUGGACAUAUUUGUAAUAAAAUAUGUUCAUAAAAUUGUGAAUUAUGUGAAUAGGAAUGUUAAAAGUAAAGACCAUGUGGACAUAAAAACAAAUGCAAAAAUAAAUGUUACUAAAUUUGUACACCUUGUGAUACUCUAGUUGAAACAAAAUUAAUUUGUGGUCAUUAAUCAAACUUUGCUUGUUAUUCUUUAAAUAAAAACAUAUAAAAUUAUAUUUGUUAAUAAGAUUGCAUUAAAAAAAGAGAAUGUGGUCAUGAUGAUUAGAUUUGUAAAAAUAAAUGUAAUUAAUUAUGUUCUCUAUGUGAAAAAAUAAUUACAAGAUAAUUAAAAUGUGGACAUGAUAUUUAAGUAAAAUGUUGCUAAUCUGAUAUUGAAGUUUAAAAAGAAAAAUGCAUGAAAGAGUGUUAGAAAAAAAGAGAUUGUAAACAUGAUUCAAUUUGUUUAAAUAAAUGCCAUGAAUAAUGUUCACCUUGUUUAAAAUUAAUUAAAAAAACAUUAAUUUGCGGACAUUCAAUCUAAAUACAAUGUUAUAAAUCAAAAGAAAUUUAUUUAUGUUAAGAUAAAUGUGAAAAAAUAAGACCAUGUAAUCAUAAUUAGAAAUGUACAAAUAUAUGUUCUAAAUAAUGUUCUCCUUGUAAUGAAAUUAUUAAACAUACAUUUCCAUGUGGUCAUACUCAUGAAUUCUUUUGUCAUUCAUAUUAAAGCUAAAUAGAAAACUUUAUAUGUUCUAAAUCAUGUUUAUUAUAAAGAAGUUGUGGACAUGAUAGUCCUUGUUUAUCUAAAUGUUAUGAAAAUAAAUGUUCUCCUUGUUAAUAAAUAGUAAAUAAAAAAUUAGAUUGUGGACAUCUAAUUUAAGUUGAAUGUUUUCGAUUUAAUAAAAUUUAUAAAUGUAAAUAACCCUGCAAUAAAAUUAGAGAAUGUGGUCAUAUCUUUCCAUGUUCUACAUUAUGUAGUGAUGAAUGCUAACCUUGCAAAUUAGAGCUUUUUAAAAAUUUACCUUGUGGACAUAAACAUUUAGUUAAAUGUUAUUAAUAUGAAUAACCAAUAAUUUGUAAAGAAAACUGUAUAAAAAUUAGAGAAUGUGGUCAUUUAUAUCCAUGCACAAAUUAAUGUAAUUAAAAUUGUACAAACUGUAAAUAGAUAGUUUAAUUAAAUCUCAAAUGUGGACAUGAAAUUGAUGUUGAAUGCAGUUAAUCUCAAUUCUUUUAUUAAAAUUAUAAAUGUUAGAAAUAAUGUAUAAAAACAAGGGUCUGUGGUCAUAAUUAUCCUUGUUUUAAUAUGUGUUUUAAAACUGAUGAAUGUACUCCAUGUCAAGAUAAAAUUUUUAAGUUUUUAGAUUGUGGUCAUUAAUCCUAAAUCUUAUGUUAUUAAUCAAUAUUAGAUCUAAAAAUUUAAUGUGAUCUACCAUGUAAUAAAAAGAGAUCUUGUGGACAUAAUGUAGCUUGUGAUAAAUUAUGCUUUUAACCUUGUUCUCCGUGUACUGAAUAAUGUGAGUAUGUUUUUAAAUGUGGCCAUUAAUCAUCUAUUAUGUGUUAUUAGAAAUAAGAUGAAACCUUUUUGAAGAAUUUUGCUUGUAUGCAUCCAUGUAACAAAAAAAAAAUUUGCGGUCAUAAAACUAUAUGCACUUAAAAAUGUUACUAAUAGUGUGAUCUAUGCUAAAACGAAAUAUAAUUAAUUCUUAAUUGUGGGCAUCUUAAAUAAACUAUUUGUUCUGAAAAUCUAAACACUUUAAAGUGUUCUUAACCUUGUCUAAUACCAAAAUAAUGUGGUCAUCCUUGUAAAUAAAUAUGUGGAGAAUAAUGUUAAGAAUGUGAGGAAAAUAUCACUAAAAGAUUCCCAUCAUGUUAUCAUCAAAAAAUUAUCAAAUGUUAUUAAAAGAAUUUAUAUAUGGUUUGUGAAGAGCUAGUUCCAGUUAAGUAUUCAUGUGAUAAACAUACAAUGAAUAUUUCUUGUUUUUAGGCUUAAAUUAAAUUAAAACAAUGCCCAGAAUGCACAAAAUGCAAUAUAUUUUGA